GAGGGGCGGGGAGUGAGGCGCCGCUGGUGUAGUCUCCUGGGCGCCUCACCCGCCGCGACACGCCCAGACCCGCGCCUCCCUCCUCUCACCCACAACAUCUCCAGAACAGUGAUACACAUUUUUUUUUAAAGAUGGAGACAGAGCUGCCAACGGAGUAUGAUGUGAUAGUGACUGGCACGGGACUAGUGGAGUGCAUAGUGGCAGCAGCCUCGGCACGCGUAGGAAAGAAAGUCUUGCACAUUGAUAAAAAUGAUUACUAUGGUGGCCAGUGGGCAUCAUUCACUUUGAAAGGACUUGAACAGUGGGUUGACGAACAUUCAGCAUCUCCGCAAGAAACUACAAAAGAAGAGCUUGAAUCCAAAGAAGGGGAGACGCUAGUGGCAACAUGUGAUCCUCGACGAGUCUACUCUAAAGUUAAACUAAGGUGGCAUGUGCAGAAAGCUGUGACACCCUCUGAAGAAACACCAAUUGAAGUACAUGGUGAGAGUGGUGGAAACCAGAGUUGUGGAGAAGGUGGUGAGACUACAGAUUUAAGUAAAGAAAAGGAAGGGUCAUCUGAAACUAAAGAUGAAGCCAAAGAACACAAGAAAUGGUCACAAGAUGAAAUGAGGAACCUCUCAAGGAAAUUUAAUUUAGAUCUAGCUCCCAAGCUGCUAUAUUCGCGUGGUGCUCUGGUUGAACUUCUCAUCUCUUCCAAUGUAGCAAGGUAUGCGGAGUUCAAAUGUAUCACUCGUGUGCUGACAUGGGUGGCAACGGAAGGAGACAAGGGCAACUUGCUGGUUGUCCCGUGCUCCCGCAGUGACGUCUUCACCACAGACACUGUCACCCUGGUUGAGAAGAGGCUUCUUAUGAAGUUUUUGGAGUUUUGUCACAGUUAUGAUGAACAUCCUGAGCAACUAGAAGAAUAUGCUGACAAGACAUUUGUCGAAUUCCUCAAGUCCCGCAAGCUCACCGACAAUCUAAUUCACUUUGUCACGGAGUCUAUCGCUAUGGUAUCUGGAGAAGUGUCGUGCAGAGAAGGACUAGAGAGCAUGAAACUGUUCCUCACCAGUCUGGGACGUUAUGGAACGACACCUUUCCUCUUCUCUAUGUACGGGUGUGGGGAACUUCCCCAGGCUUUCUGCAGAUUAUGUGCAGUAUUUGAAGGGACUUACAUCUUGCGACGGCCAGUGUUGUCUCUUGUCACUGACUCUGAAAACAAGUGCCUUGGUAUAGUGUCUGAGGGUCAGCGCUUGCAGUGUUCCCACCUGGUGAUGGACGCCUCGUGUGCACCUCACAAGUACACCGCCAUCGCCAGUUUAGCCGCUCAGAAGAGUAUAUCACGAAGCAUAUUUAUUACCGACAGGUCCAUCUUAUCAAGUGAUAAAGAACAAUUAACUCUACUGCGACUCCCUGCUAAAGAUGGCAACCCUCAGCCAAUCACCAUCAUUGAAGUUGGGUCUGGCUCUGGGAUUUGUCCAAAGAAUCUGUACUGUGUUCAUAUGACUUGUCACGGGUCUGAUGCCGAGGAGGACUUUAAGGUUGCUGUCAAACGGCUAUUUGGUAAUGGUGAAGACCCAGACAAACCAAGUAUUCUCAUGAGCUUGUACUUCAACUUGGCUGAUUUAUCUGGUUGUGAUUUGGUGAGUGGUGCCGCAAGCAACUUGCACCUCUGCUGUGGACCAGGUGCUGAGCUCGACUAUGAUUCUGCCAUUGACCAGGCACGGUGCAUUUUUUCACGAAUGUUUCCAGAGGAAGAGUUCUUGCCCCGUGCUCCUGAUCCAGAUGAAAUUGUGUUCGACAAUGCUGGAGCAGUACCCAAGGAAGGAGAUAUUUUCGAUAGCAAUACACCUGAUGGACAAGAUGGUGAUGUUAAGGGAAAUCCUCAGAGCGCAGGGAAGGAAACUUGUACGGACGGAGGAAAUACCUCGGCAGUAGACGAAUCUGUAGCAGCAAGUGAACUCAGCUGAGAGGGGAGGUCAGGAGCUUGAAGACAACACAUGUAAGAUUUAAUUUUGUUUCAAACACUUUAGCACCGAUUGUCAGAUUUAAACUUAGCCUUUUAUCUGUUCCUCUACCUAGGCUGUGAGAAAAUAUCACAUUCCAUUGUCUUUGCAUCUUACGGAGUAGUAUGAGUAAGCAUUGUCAGUCUGUGAUUCCCAAAUAGUCAUCGGGAUUUUAAGCAUGCAAACUUUGUUUUGUAUGGUGUGUGUUUGUUUUCUUUUACAUGCAUUGUGUGCAUUUUGUUAUUACCAACUGCCUUGAAGCUGGAUGGUCAUAUUAUUGCAUUUAGCAUAAGAGGAUAUGAACAUUUUUAGCACUUUCCAUUUAAUCAAAGAACCACAUAACUGGGUCCGCAAAUCCCCUUUAUAUAGUCUACUGCAGACUUGACCAUCAGGCCAAAGAUAUGGUCGGCAUGUCAUCAUUUUGUGAGGAAGUGGUAUCUGCAUAUGCCAGCUCACUUAAAAUGUCUACUUCAAUAAGGGCUGAAAAUAACGUUUUAUAAGCUGUUUGGUUACAUUUGAUACUGAAUACCUAAUUUAUAAUUUACCAGAAAGGCCUCAAAGCCUUCCAAAUUCCCUAGACUUCAAAGAUGGAAAAAUAACACUAAUUAUAAGCCAUUAAGGUUGUUUUCCUUGCCACACUGUACAUUGGUGUCUAAUGGCGAAGUUUUGAUCAUAAAAGUGCCUAUAUAGUCGUGCAAUUAAACCGUUUCACUUGUCAACCAUCUUUACUUGGAUCAUCCUGGCCACAGCUGUACCUGGUGUUACAAAGUGACCAGUGUGCAAGAUACUAGUAUCUGAUCUUGUUUCCAAACAACAAAACUUGAAGUCAACUACAACUAAGAAUAGGAUAAAGGGAAUAUUACCUUCCUCCUCCUCCUCCCCAUAGUUAACAUGGGGGAAUUCUUAAUGCACAGUGAGACUUUAAAGCUUUAAAAAUAUUAUUAAUUUUAUACUUUAAGUUAUUUUGUAAUUUUAAUUUGUCCUUGCACUGGAAAAUUGGGAAAAGUUAAAUUGAACCAAAUGUUUGAGAGAACUGUUUUUGGCAAAUGUCAGCCCAAGCAUAUGUUUGAAGUAUUAAUAAUCUUAAAUGUUUGGAAGCCACCUUUCAAAAAAAUGUAAAUCACCUGGUUAUAUAAACUGUUGGUAUUCCUAUCCUGAGGUAGAAUGCCUUGUGGAAGAUUUGUAGUGCAUUAGUCCCUGUGACUGGUCUUCAUGUGAAGCUCCAGGUUCUCAAGAGGCUCUUCACUCUGCUCAGGGUUUUAGGUUGGAGUUACUUUAGCAAGUCAUGUGAAGUAAAAAAUUAGGAACCUUGAUGGCAGGUGAUGAGUCACAAUAACGUGGCUGAAGUAUGUUGACCAGACCACACACUAGAAGUUGAAGGGACGACCACGUUUUGGUCCAGAAUGGUCCUUGUUAUAACAAUCGACUUGAGAAUGGUCCAGGACGGACCGAAACGUCGUCGUCCCUUCAACUUCAAGUGUGUGGUCUGGUCAACCUUGAUGGCAUUUUUAUAGGUUCUGCAGUACAUGUUGCAGAGGUAAGAUCCAUGUAUAUUAUGUCAAGAGUUACUUGAUGAAGUGGUAUUUGUUUCAGAGUUGGUAGACAAUGAAGGAUUGUAAAACUGGUUUUAUAAAGAAUGUAGACCAAGUUUAGCAGGGAUGUAGUAACGUAAUUAUCUGAUGUGUGUUAGCACUAUCAAUACUGUGUGUAGUUAUUUGUGGCAGAACUGUUUCAAUGACACUUUCCAGACUUGAGAGGUAGCUGUGAUUACCACACCAUAAGGCAUUUUUUUCCAAACUACCAUUAUUGUUGCAUAAAAUGCACAUAGUUAAGUUCUGUAAUACCCUGUAUAGGUGAUCAUCACAAACUUUUCCUAUAUUGCACUGUAAGCUUCAUUGAGUAAAAUGUGUGCAGAUCAUUAAUGUACUCGGCAAUCACAGGAUUCCCUGUGAUGUACUUUUCAGUCAAAUAUAUAUAUAUAUAUAUUGAAAUGUUAAA